AUGAGUAAAACAAAGUCUGGAAACGAUGUAGUAAUCAGUGGUAUCGCCGGUCGGUUCCCGCUGUCUAACAACACCGACGAAUUGGCCAGAAAUCUGUACGACGGCCGAGAUAUGAUCACCGGGGAUGACAGUCGAUGGCCAAAGGGCACGUAUGAUUUGAAUCCACGAUAUGGAAAAAUCCAUGACUUCAAUCUGUUUGACUCGACUUUCUUUGGACUCCCGGAGCAGAUGUCGGAAGGGGUUGACCCACAGGCCCGGAUGCUUCUCGAGGUUACCUACGAGGCCAUUGUCGAUGCCGGUAUAGGUCCGCAGUCACUACGUGGUAGUAAGACUGGUGUAUACGUUGGUGUCUCCAUAUACCCCAUGGCUGAUGGCUAUCCCCACGAAAUUCAGCCAGAUUUGAGGCAAAAUUUGCAACUAGAUCUGUUUCAGCAUCUCUCCAAUUUGAAAUCUCUUUACGCCAGUCGUAUAUCAUUUGUGUUUGAUUUCAAGGGACCGUCACUGAUGGUGGACACCGCUUGUUCGGCCAGUCUAUCGGCCACUACACUGGCUAUGAACGACAUGAGACUCGGAAACAUCGAUACGGCGAUCGUUUGCGGCACUCAUAUGCUGUUCGAGCCAUUCAUAUUGCAGUAUUCCCAGGAGUCGGGUCUGUGUUCGCCCAGUGGUGUGUCCGCAGUCCUCGACCAGAACGCCGACGGCUUCAUCAAAGGCGAGGCCGUGUGCUGUGCUUUCCUUCAGCGCCGGCGCGACGCCCGACGUGUGUACGCCUGUGUGGUCAACGCCAAGAUGAACAUCGAUGGCAAUAAAACGACCGGAAUAUUCUUCCCAUCGGCCGACGCACAGGAAGAGCUCAUGAUUGACACUUACAACGAGGUCAAUAUCAAUCCGCUUGACCUCACCUAUUUCGAAGCUCACUGCACUGGCACCAAAGUGGGCGAUCCGCAAGAAAUAAAGGCCAUAUAUAAUGCUUACGUUAAAGCUCCGGGACGUACACAACCCCUGCCGUUGGGUGCGUUGAAGAGUAACAUGGGCCACUCGGAGGCCGGUUCAGGGGUGGCCGCAGUGAUUAAAGUGUGUAUUGUAUACGAAAAUGAGUGCAUUCCUCCCAACCUUAAUAUGAAACAAUUGAAGGAUGAAUGCCUUCCUUAUUGCCCGCCUAUAAAGCCUAUUGUGGAAUUGAUGCCUUAUAAACCAGGGUUGGCCGCAGUGAGCAAUUUUGGUAUAGGGGGUGCGAACGCACACGUAUUGCUCGAACCGAACCAUAAGUUGGGAACCAGUGAUGGACUCAGAAUUGCGGAAACGAUUCCCAGAAUUGUUAACAUUUGCGGCCGAACUGAAGAUUCGGUCAAAUAUGUAAUGGAUUUCAUACAAAACAAUCCAAAGAGAGUGACGAAUGACUUUUUGGCACUUUUGGCACAGACUAUGAAAUACACGCCUAAUGUUAACUCAUCGGGAAUGCCGUUCAGAGGUAGGAAUUAA